AUGUCUAAUAAUUUAAAGAUGCAGGCAAGUCAAGACUCUAUUGCUCACAAAAUAAAGAUAGUUAUUCUCGGAUCUUCAACAGUCGGUAAAAGCAGUCUUAUGUGACGAUUUCAUGAUGGAUCGUUUAUUUUAAAUAGAACUUCCACCAAAGGCUUGUCUGACAUCACAAAAGUUAUACAAGCAAAUGACAAAAAUGUAUCUCUAAAUGUAUGGGACACAGCAGGUCAAGAGAGAUAUAGAUCAAUAAACUAUCUUUAUAUUAGACAAGCUGGUGGGGCAAUAAUUGUUUUUGAUGUAACAAACAGAGAAACAUUUAAAGAGCUGGAAAUGUGGAUCAAAGAAUUUACAGAUCACUGCGAACCCUCAGCAAAGAAAAUUCUUGUGGGAAAUAAAAUUGAUUUGGUGGACCAAAGAGUGGUUUCACAAAAAGAAGCUAGGGAUUUUGCCAACUCCACACAAAAAUUUUUUUUUGCUUAUGGGGAGUCAGUUUUUUUUUUUUAAAUUUAUUUAUAAAGAUUAUAGUAAAAUAUUUUUUCCGAAAUUUAAAAAAAUUCAAAUUCGCAAAAAUUGGAAAGCAAAUAUAAAUUUAAUUGUGAAAUUUAUGCUUUAAAAUGCAAGCUGUUUAAAAUUAAACAGAAUUUGCAUGAGAUUUCAUUAUUAUAAUUACCAUUUAUAUAUCAAAAUAUUUUUCAUAAUAACUUUUUAUAUAUCAAAAAAUUUUUGUUCCCUAUUUUUCUAACGGUUUUAUUCGCUCAUGGAGAAAAGGAGUAAGAAACAUAGCAUGGCUUAUUUAGAAACAUCAGCGAAAGAUGAUAUUGAUGUAGCCAGGUCGUUUCAAACGAUAGCCGAAAAAAUUGUAGAAGACAAAGUUAGUUUAGCAAGCUCAAUUAAGAACAAUGAUCCACUAAUGAUUAAGCCUCAAUCAAAAAAAAAGAAAGGGUGCUGCUAA